AUGAAGAGCUUUAUUUCGAAGAACAAGACAGCCAUUUUGGCAACCAUCGGUGCUACAGGUGCUGCCGUCGGUGCAUACUACUACUACACCCAACUGCAACAACAGCAACAACGGGGAAAGAAGGACACCAUUACUAAGGAUGAAAAGAAAGACGUGAAGGGUUCUCAAAAGAAAGCAGAGGGUAGCAAGAAAACUGCAAGCGAAUCAAAGGCCCCUGUUUACCCAGUUUCUAGCAAUGGUGAACCAGACUUUUCAAAGAAGGCAAAUUUUACUGCUGAAGAAAAGGAUAAAUAUGCAUUAGCAUUAAAGGAUAAGGGUAACCAAUACUUCAGAAAUAAAAAAUACGAUGAUGCUAUUAAAUACUACAAUUGGGCGCUAGAAUUGAAGGAAGACCCAGUUUUCUACUCGAAUUUGUCCGCCUGUUAUGUUUCUGUUGGCGAUCUGAAGAAAGUCGUUGAAAUGAGUACCAAGGCUCUUGAAAUAAAGCCGGACUACUCGAAAGUCUUGCUAAGAAGGGCCUCUGCUAAUGAAGGUUUGGGAAACUUUGCUGAUGCCAUGUUUGAUUUGUCUGUAUUGUCCUUGAAUGGCGACUUCAACGAUGCUUCUAUUGAACCAAUGUUGGAAAGGAACUUGAAUAAGCAAGCUAUGUCCAGACUGAAGGAAAAAUUUGGUGACGUUGAUGCUGCUACUGCCACUCCAACUGAGCUAUCCACUCAACCACCUAAAGAACGUAAGGACAAGCAGGAAAACUUACCAUCAAUUACAUCCAUGGCCUCUUUCUUUGGUAUUUUCAAGCCUGAGCUAACUUUUGCCAACUACGAUGAAUUCAAUAAAGCCGAUAAAGAAUUAAUGGACGGGUUAGCUAAUUUGUAUAAGAGAUCUCCUGAAAGCUAUGAUAGGGCUGAUGAGUCCUUCACAAAGGCCGCAAAAUUAUUUGAAGAGCAGCUAGACAAAAGCAACGAGGACGAAAAACUAAAGGAAAAAUUAGCCAUCUCUUUAGAACAUACAGGUAUUUUCAAGUUCUUGAAAAAUGACCCAUUGGGAGCUCAUGAAGACAUCAAGAAAGCCAUCGAAUUGUUCCCAAGAGUCAACUCUUAUAUUUACAUGGCUUUAAUCAUGGCUGAUAGGAAUGACUCCACCGAAUACUAUAACUACUUUGACAAAGCUCUGAAGCUGAAUCCCAACAACUCUUCUGUUUACUACCACCGUGGUCAAAUGAACUUCAUUUUACAAAACUAUGAUCAGGCAGGAAAAGAUUUUGAUAAAGCCAAGGAAUUAGACCCGGAAAACAUAUUCCCUUAUAUCCAACUAGCAUGUCUAGCAUAUCGUGAAAACAAAUUCGAUGACUGUGAAACCUUGUUCAGUGAAGCAAAGAGAAAAUUUCCGGAGGCACCUGAAGUACCAAAUUUUUUUGCUGAGAUUUUAACUGAUAAGAACGACUUUGAUAAAGCUUUGAAACAAUAUGAUUUAGCUAUUGAAUUGGAAAAUAAGUUGGAUCGUAUUUACGUUGGUAUCGCUCCAUUGGUCGGUAAAGCUACUUUGUUAACAAGAAAUCCAACGGUGGAAAAUUUCGUUGAAGCCACCAAUCUGCUAGAAAAGGCAUCCAAAUUAGAUCCAAGAAGUGAACAAGCUAAAAUUGGCCUAGCUCAAAUGAAAUUGCAACAAGAAGAUAUUGAUGAAGCCAUCAUGCUAUUUGAAGAAUCUGCUGAUCUGGCCAGAACUAUGGAGGAGAAAUUGCAAGCCAUUACUUUUGCUGAGGCCGCUAAAGUUCAACAAAAAAUCAGAUCAGAUCCAAUAUUGGCAGCAAAGAUCCAAGAAACUUUAGCUAAAUUACGCGAACAAGGUUUAAUGUGA